GCUCGCUGUGGGCAGCAGUAGCCGCAGCUUACAACAAGACGACGUCGAGAGGCAGUGUUGGCCGCACCGUCAAAUUUUCCGCGAACCGCCGCGUUAUUUUUCCCGCCGUACGCUGUGGUUGUAGCGCACCGACUAAGCGGCGCCUACGGACAGGAACUGACCGCGUCGAGUGAAAAACCCGCACUACCUCUAGCGAAAACAAACAAAUCUGGCUCGGGGCCAGGCGUAUCGUCGUCGGCCUCCGUUGACAUUUGUUUAUAGUGUGCACAGGAGGAACUCGGUAUCCGCUUAUCGUCUUCAAGCGCCGUGCAUCUUUACGGCGACGGCAACAUGACAUCGAUCUGGAAAUCUGUGUGGUCUUCGCCCAUGGGACUGUUGGGCCGUCUUCGGCAUAAAAAGCUUUCUGAGGAAUGGGUGAACAUCCAGCAGCCCGUGGUGGAGGGCAUCACCUUCUACGCCAAGUACCUGGGGAGCACCUUGGUCGAGGAGCCCAGUGGGGACAAGGCCACCGCAGAUGCUAUCAAGGCUAUCAUCGCCAUGGCCAAGGCCAGUGGCAAGAAGCUGCCCAAGGUGGCCAUCACAGUGUCGCCCAAAGGCAUCUCCACCCGUGACCUUGCCACAGGGGAGCUCCAACUGGACGUGUCCAUCUACAGGAUCUCGUUCUGCUCGGCUGAUGCCAGCUUUGACCGAGUGGUGGCCUUCAUUGGGACGCACAGCAACGAGGUGAUGGAAUGUCACGCAUUCCUCUGUGCCAAGCGGAGGGUUGCCCAGGCCGCCGCACUCACCAUCUCGCAGGCCUUUCAGGUGGCCUACCAAGCCUGGCAAGGUUCCCGUCAAGCUGCAGCAGUCUCGCAGGUGGGUGGCGGUCAGCAGGACAACCAGCUGGAGGCCAACGGCAACAAGGAGGCUGAAAGGAAGGAAGAAGGCCGUGUGACGCCGCUCAUUGACCUUUCCUCAGACACGGAAAUGGAGGCCGCCUUUGGGCGCCUAGGCGCGAGCCCGCCGCUCUUCUCAAGCGGCCUGAAGCCUCAGGAGGAAGAAGAGCUGCGGCAGUUCGUGGCCUCAGGCGCAUGCAGUCGCGAAGCAGGUCUGCUAGACCGCGAGGAUGACCUCUUGUCGCUGUGAACUGGAGCGACGGAAUGGCAGUGCGGCGCUGAUCUGACCUCUGUGCAGCACUAGUGCCACACUAGUUUGCAGGAGGUUGCCACCGGUGUUUGCCAAUACCUGCCAUCACAGAUCAGUGUCUGGAUGAAUUGAGACGGAGACUGAAGUGUUCGGAAAUGUUGUGUGGAUACGGAAGUGUGCGGCCUUCUGCUGCUCUGCCUUGAGCGAAGCUGAUGGACGAGGCUGUGUGAGGCCGAAAAAUAUGUGGGGCGCCCCAGUGGGGGAGUCGCCAUCGUGCGUGUGAAGUUAACACCAUGCCUGUGCGUGUAGUUAGAAAUGUACCACAUUGACCAGCUUGCCGAGUUUUCUUUUUUUUCUUUGUGCGUUAGCACUAUCCUAGGCUGAUGGUUUUCAAGCUUCUGGGCCGUUGGAAGCCCCUUGAAGUGCGCGGUGGUUAUUUCAGGUAAUAUAACUGAGGUGAGUGGUUGUUUCACAGGGAAAAGGAUGGCAAGGACAAAAACACAAAUGCUGCGUAGAUGCGCUAUUGAUAUCAACUGUCUUUUUGUUUACACCAGUCACAGUGGACGCUGCUAAUGUGUUCACUGAAUUUUGUACCACUCACUAGAAUACCUUUCGUUGUUUUGGUAGACAUGACCGUUUUAAUCUGGUAUUUAUUAGAAUAGCAGUAGGAGUACGGGGCCAGUGGGUGUAGCACACAGGAGAAAUGGAAGCACUGACUUUCCUUUUGGGAACGAAACAUUUGUGCUGCUUCAAGAGCAGAGCAGCGAGGGGCAGGGUCUUCUCACCAGCAGAGGUGACAUUGUAACUCUCACUUGCCACAUCACAGCUCCUGCCUGCAGUGCGCAUAUAGCCAGUAGCAACACAAACGCAUGCAAAUGCCAUUGGAAGUACGCCAUGCCACUAGCAAGGAAGACAGGGGGAGAUAAGAAAAGAGGUGGGGCCUCUGACGUAAUUGUUACCUGGACUCUUGGCUUGGAGCUGAGCUGUGCUCCCUCAAGGGCUGCAGAAGAUAGCGUCAACCUUUCCACUUUCUACUCGGACCACCUCAUCAUUUCUUAGCUCAGAUGUGGGAAAAAGCAGGGGAGAAAUGCUUGUUGUGGACAGAGGUCGAGGCAGUUUCUCCCCUGCAUUCUUCCAGAGCCUCUGCUGUUGGGAGGGCAACUCACACUGCCACCUUUUGGCUGUGUUCCAAUACUGGCCAUAGACUGCAAAAUAGACUGCUAAGUGGACAGUGGUCAUAUUAAGUCCUGUUCGAGCUCUUACGAAGCCUUCAAAAGAGGGAGCUUCAGGAAGACAGCAUCGAAGUCAAAAAUGGUUCAGGCUACUUUGCCGACCCUACAGGAUGGCGGCUGAGCAGAAAACCUGAUGGGAAGGUUGUCUGCACACAAGAAAACAUAGUCGCAAUUUCCUAUGCACUUAAUGUAAGCUAUGUUGUGUUUUUCAUAGGUUCACAUGUAAAGUGUUAAUAUACAGCUAUAAUAUGCACUUUUUAUUUUCUUGUCAGUGCAAGGUAGUGUCACGUAAGUGACAUCUUCCAGACGACUUCAUUACUUGGGCUCAAAGCUCUCCCAUUAGCUGUCUACAUAGACUGUCUCCAAUGCUGGCCAGCAUUGGAACACACUCUAUUAAUAUUUCAUUUGCUUCUAUCUCGAAGAUUUCUAAACUUUUUAAAAAAGAUUUCACUUGAUAGAACACUCUCUGGACAGUGUUUUGUCAUUUCCAGUGCACAGCCGAAAUUUUGACAGGACUUGGUGGUGGGUAACUCAGCUACCAGCAUCGACACUUGGAUGCUCUAUGAGACUUGACACCUGUCGGGUCGAGCUCGGCUAUGAGCAUCAUUAUUGAAUUCGGGUGGCUGGUCAAUUUGGCGCAUUUCUAGCAUGUGUGUGUUGUUUUCUGCUGUUUAAGCUGAGAUUUAUGCUAUAGGAAAGAUAUGGUACUGACACGAGAUGGCCUUUUCAGGUCGUGCCACCAUUGUCGGUCAUAUGGGCAGUGAACGGUGUCCAAAGUGCCUCAUUUUGCUGGUGGUUUGUGGCGUCGCAAGCCCGUAAUUCACGUGCAUUGUACAUAGCACUUGCUUUUGCAAAGUCUGAAGGUGUUGUAUGUUUGCUGCUCUGGGAAGCAGUCAUCUUACACAGAAUUUAUUCGAACGUGAGUAUUGCAAUUACGGAAGAAAGGCAGAGGGGGGAACCUCUAUCAUUGUUGAGGGUUGUGAAGUGCUAAGGUAUCCUACUUUUAUCUUUCUUAACAUAGUGUAGUCUCUUUGUGUCUCCGUUGCAAGUACCAACCUCUCUUUCUCUGGGACGCUUUGGCUUCCAGUGACAGCGGAAGCUGUACAGUGAGGUUGUCCUAAAGGGAACACGUACUAAUUGUUCUGCCAUCAGUUACAGCGAGCAGAUAUGACAUGGAAGGCUGUGAACAAUUGUUUCGUGUGUAGAUACAAGCCUGACACAUCAUAUCGGCCAUCUUUCUUUGCAAGAUCAAAGAAAUGUUGCAGUUAUCUUGGCUUCGUUGCCUGGUAGGUGUUUCUUUUAAGGGAGGACCAUACUGUGCACGCAUUGCAUCUUGGCAGAGCUUCGAUACUGCUAACAGUUGGCAAUGGGAGCACUGGCUUCAUUUUAUGUCUUCGCUGUUCUGCAUAUCACUGUUGGCAAUCGAUGCAACAUUUGCCGUGUGUCCUUUGUCCUGUCCAUGCGGUGCUUCGGUUUUCUGGGGCGUGGUUGGAUGCUCAGCCACGUUGGAAAGAACAAGGCCUGUGCCAAGAGUUGAAGUAGCAGUUAGGUCUGAUACAGGCAGCAGUUGCCCUCACGGCACCUAUUUGCAGAGUCCUCAUGUUACCCAGUGGUACCGACACUGCCAAACUGAAGCUUUCCUUGGCACAGCCUAGCCUGUCAAGCCCUUACUGGAAGCAACACGGAGCAUUUGUGAAAGCUUUGUCACCAGAUGGCAUUGAUUGGCAUCUUUUGCACAUUCCUUCAUGCCCGCGGCGAAAGCCCAAUGCCAGCUGAAGGGUGACAGUUGGAACAUUAUCUUAAACAAAAUGUCUUUACUUUCCCAUACGUUUUUGUUGGUACAUGCCUCAGCAGCAAUUUUUUCUUGCUGCGCUGUUGUUUUCCUACUUUGUAUUAGAGAUGAGUGGUUCUCGUGGAGUUAUUGACGCAUCUGCUACUGGCCCACGUUUUUCGCUCCUGGUUGUUUUUGAGGUUGUGUUUUUGUUUUUACUUAGUCUUGUAGAAAAUUAUCUUUGUGUCCGUCGACAGUGUAACAGCAAAGCACUGUUUGUCCCUUCGCAUUGAUUAUUGGUGGUUGCGGCACUGCAACAGCGAGAUAGUUGUGGCAGUGUGGAGGCAAAGAGUGCUUGGACCUCUUUAGCAUACACACAAACACGUGGCACAUGUUGUUGACAAUUAGUGCUAUCAAUGAGGGGUGCAAACCCGAGCUAGAAUAUCUAGGUGCCCGUGUUUGGGCAGUAUCCAUGUUGCAGGGACAAGGAUCGUGUCUUUAAUGCAACAGCUUGAUCCUAAAGCAUGCACAUGCUACCUUGCUCGCCCUUGCUCACAGGCACAAAUCGAGGUGCCAUCACCAAAGCCAUUGCACCACGUACUUCACAACAAGGAUGGCUUUUGCAGGUCCUGUGCACAUGUUCUUACCGAUAGCACUGGCUGUUAUCAGCAGGCAAAAUGGAUGGUGUUGGCGUUAACAGACCUGAUCUUUGUAUGUGCUGUGUCUAACACGUUAGCUACAACAACAACAAGCGGCACACUAGUACGGAUUCAUUAGCACUUUCAGUGCAUGUCUCAUGUUUUCUUCUGCUGCAAAUACACUAUCGAACACUCUUACGGUACACUGUUGGCAGCAUCUGGGGAACAAAAGUAAAAUGUGGCGCUGUUCACAAUGAUGCCUGCAUUUUGAAGAUAACAGUAGUUUUGAUAUUAAGAUUUCAUCUGCUGGAAGUGCAGACCCUGGCUUUUUGCCUUCUUCUAGCAUCAAAGCUGUUGGGAGAUGUCCUACAGGCAAGGGCACCUCCCAACCGAGUCGAGUGAAAGGACCGUGGAAGUCUGGGAUCCAAACGGGCACUAAAUGUUUGUUCCAGAACAGAGCUUUUAUUCCUCGUUAGAUGGACUGUGCAUUGCUCAGAGCACUGUUCUCUUGCGAUCGUCUGUAAAAGCGUUUUCUGGCUGUGAUGUCUAGAAGUGCUUGCCCAGCAUGCUGUUCAUGAUGCAAGGUGGGAUUUGACACAGAAGGAUGUUCAUUUGUGUCAUUUGAUUUGGUGUGGAGUGUAAUGGUUGUACUUGACGACCAUAAAAUAUGAAGGAGUGUUAUGUGAAAGUUGCAAGAUAACUGACUUGCUUUUGGCAUUAUCGAAUGAUUCCUGCAUCUGUGUGUUGCAGUUACCAUGGUGCGCCUCUACAUUCCACUGCAUGCAUCUUGGCUUCGAAGAAGUUACUGCUCCACCGCACUUUAAACUUUUUCAGAGGACUGUACAUUGCAUGUAGUAGGUUGCAGCAAGAGUAGAGCACUGUCACCUAUUGCAAUAUUCAGUGCAUUUUAAUGCUACACUAGCUUAGUAUAAUUGCUGGUUCUAUCUUGCGAUGUAUGACUGCCAAUGAUUGCAGCAUUUUUGCCAGUGGUAGUGUGUGCACUUUAAUGCAGUUUUCUGAUGAGAGAAUCGUACAGACGACAGACGCAGGAUUUUAAACACUAUAUUUGCACCCCAUGUGAUGACAUGAAUCAGUGUGAUUCAUUUUAUUUUGCCAAGAAAUACUAUUUUGCGUUAAUACCUGGCACAAGUCGGGUCCAAGUGAUGCUAGACGCAAAAUAGGAUGUUUGAUACCAUCUAGGGCGAGCGCAACAGUGUUUUAUGUUGAGAUGUUGUGUGUGUGCGUGCCUUGCAACCUGUUUGUGCAGAGUUAUAUAAAAGGAUAUCGUGUAGCUCGCCGCAUUUUUGGUGGCAAAAGAAGUCGAAAUGUGGCAUAGAUGUAUGCGCUGGUGCACCUAUAGGGACACUAAAUAGUGACACGGAGUUAAGCUCAACUGCUAAUUUAUGCUUCUGGAUCACUGGAGUCGUGAGAAAAAGUCUUGGUUAGCAAGAAGUGAGGCAAAAUGAAAAUACAGGUGGCAAAAAACACACUAAGGUUGCCCCACUUGACAUCAUAGAGUUUUACAGAAUCUGCUUGUGACUAAUUAUUAAUAGUGUAUCGUUUAGUGAGGAAUACAUAACAAAAUGAUGUGUGCACGCAAGAAUCCUUCGAAACCCUAAUGUACUGGGUGUGAACUUAAGGAAAGGGAAACUUUGCCAUUGUUCUCUAUAUUAGUAACAAACCAUUUUUUUUCCUGGUAAUUGAAUAUAGAGUCUGGAAAGAUUACAUAACCAGCAUAAACAUACCUAACCGUUGCUCUUUGGUGUCCUUAUAAGCGUGCCCAGUCAAGAUGGUAGUGAACGCUUACUGUCUCAGUUUGCGGACUGUUCCUACUGGCUUGAAAAAGAAGUAGGCUGAAGUGAUGUUGAGAGGAAUAUGCAGAGUCUCUGCACAUUAUGGGCACGUACAUCCAUGUGUGUGCUGCAAGCGGAACGAGCAAAUAUUUUUGGCCGCAGCCACUUGUGCUGUGCCGUGUUGACACCGGUGAACCCUGGGGAGGGGGGGGGGGAUGUUUGUAUCCUGAUUGAUGCUUGUCUUCUUGCAUGUGUAGGUGUGUAGUGUCGUUGGAGCCACAGUGGCUGAACCGUGUGCAAUGAAAUGGACAGAGAAUGACUUCUAUGGAGAAAGCCUGUGUCAUAAAAACUCAUUUGGCAUGGUGAAAAUGAAUGCGAGUCUAGAGUGGUCGUCGUGGGAUCAACACCAGCUUGGUAAACCAUAGUGCAAUCCAAUCCAAUCUGUAGCCCAGUGCAAGCUUUUGCAUCGGCCAUGUCUUUUCUUUUCCCUUGUAUUGCCAGUGCUGUGCAAAUGCUGAGUGAUGAUGGCUGUCAGGGACUGGCUGUCUGGAAAUGGGUCAGGCACCCUGACCCAUUUCCACCCUGAUCCAUAUGGGCACCCUGGGUCAGGGAAUGUUGCGUUUGGUCUGUGCUUUUGAAGAGUUGCAGGAAACUUACGAGUGUGCAAAACAAGAAUGUGACAGCACGAUUGUCCAUUGUGUUUAGGCUCCAAUUCUAACCUUCCUUUAAUCUUUAGUGCGUUGCCAUGAUUUCUAGAAUUCAAAGAGAGACAGAGAGGGUGUUUAUACAGAAGAAAAUGAGGUGGUUGCCCAGCAGAGGUAGAAGAGAAAGGCAAAAUGCAGGAGGAAAGAAUGAUGAUGAAAAUGGAGCGGAUGAUUAGUAUGAUGAUGGUGCAAGUUUUAUGCACUGAAGAGCUCAGUUUUUCCUUAAGGUAUCACGUCCAAUCAACUCUUGUUGAAGAAAUGUGCAACACUCUUCAAAGCCUGACGUGCAGAUCUCCGGUAUGGCCAGUCCCAAGACAACACUUUCUCAGAGUAGCCAAUCGUGGAAGUGCUUCGGGAAGGUAAACGUUAAUUUACAUUCUCCUGUGCGCGUGGUUCAAAUGGAAUUGCUGGAAAGGUUGCAAGGGUUGAAAGCAUUGCUACUGUUAUUCAAGCAAAAGCAUCAUUUCCUGCAUAGUUUUGUGUGGCUUGUUGCAAUCUUCAAAAGAAAAGUAGGGAAUUUAUAAUACGUUUGAUUGUUAAGGGGAGCACACAGUUAAUAUUUUGCCAAUAAAAUCGCAGCUGAGAUUGUAUUCAAAGGCCUGGAGAGAAUUGCUAAUGCUAGCUAUUUGCGUAGUAUGUCAUGUAAGCAACUUUUGGAUAAUGUCAAAGGCACCCUGCAGUAAUAUUGGGUUUAUUCGAUGUUGUGUUAACUUUUUUUUUUUUUUAAGAGUGGACCAUUACAGUACCAUUUUGUUACAGUUUCCCGUUACUUGAUGAAAAAAACAAAACAACAAAAAACAAUCUGUGCUAGUAUUUUGGAUGUGCAAUGAAGAGUUUCUGUUAGUAAUAUUUUGUCCAUGGGGAUCUGAUGUGGCUGUUUUUUGUUUUACACAUUUAAUAGAAACCAUCGUUCUGUGCAUGCUAUGUUCCUUUAGUAUUACUCUUGUAGUUGGGUAUGCUUCAGGAUGUUUGCUUGUGUGUGGAGUAACAACGACAUGAUCAAAAUAUGUUUUUGAGCAGUUCCUAAGUUGCAAAGACCAGCCUAGCAUAUUUUGCAGUUUGCCUUGAAUGUCUGCUUUUCUAUAAACUGUGUUUCUAAGCGUCUCAUCCUCGAACUUCUGAUUAUUAUUAUUUUUUUUCGUCAUGUUUAGGUACAUUUUCUAGAGUUAACAGAAGACGUGUUAAAAUGUGAAAUACAAGCAUGUUCAUGGGCAGAGCUGGAGAGUUUCAGGUGACAGUUUGAACUGACUGAAGCCAAAAACAGUGUUUUGUUAAGAUGUUUGGAAUGGUCUUCAUAACCCAGAAGUUCACGUAUGUGCCAACGGGUGCAGGUCUUCAUAUUGCCUUGCCGAGUUGCUACUGAGUGAGCAGAUGUGAUGCAUUUAGCUGAUUCAAAAAUCUCAUGGCGAUUGUGCAUACUGUGAAAGCAGAGAUCAUGCAUCAAGUGCUUUUUGCUGGUAUUGGCAAGCUUGUAUUUGUCUGAUGUGGAACUUGCAAAGUAUCAAUUCAUGUACAAAAAGAUUAUUCCCACAAUCCUGCAUUUAUUAAUAUUGCUUGUGGCAAGUGUUUGUAUAGCUGCAUGUCUACACUUUUCUAACUAUGCACCUGCGUUUGUCAUUGUAAUUGUCAGCUGUUAGCAGUAUUCAUAUGUGGAGAUAAUGUAAGAAAAGGAAGUGGGUAUGCCUUUUCUUGAACAUCAGGCAGCACAGUUUAAAUACAACCAUCCUUACAUAAUUGGCCCCUGUGAUCAAGUUGCACAUCACAUUUGAUGACAUAGUGACAUGUAUUUCUACAGAUGCAUAAUUCAGCACCCAUGAAGUGUUUUUAAAAAUUCUAAUCUGCCCUAAAAUGUGUAAUUGUGUUCACAACUACAAAAUUUGUAAUAGUGUUGUAACAAGCUUGUUUUAAUUGCCUUGGAAGCAAGUGUUAUGUUCAUGUUGCUGCCUUCUGAAUCUCAUUUUGUACCUGCAUCCAGUAAACUGCUCUCUGCUGUUAUGUGGCUGUGGAGAACAUCUGUUGUUUGGUUGUGGAAAUUUAAUUCUUUAUAGUAAAAGGAUGUGAAGUCAACACCAGUUGAGAGUAAAGAAAGGAGAGAUGUUCUGCGUUCCUUUAAAGAUGAAAAAUGCACGUUGCAGCCUAAUGAUGUUAUGAAUAGUCUUUGCUAUAGAAAAAGGACACAACACCAUGCAGUUAAAUUACUUUGGCACUCAUUCUCACAGCUGUGAGUUCCAUUAUUAUUUCUGUUGUUUGUUGUGCAUUGUUCGAGAUAGACGUAUAGCGUUUUUUGAAUGCAGAUGCUUUAGUGCCGGAUGACAACGCAAAGCGCUACCAUGGGAGUUUUAGAAAAUAGUGGAGCCCAAGUUGGUGCAUGCGGUCUUCCCUGCUUGCAAAUGAACGCUGCAUACAAAAGAUUUAAUUAUGGGCUGUAGUCUUGACAUUAUCCAGAGAGUAUGCCAUUGCCAAUCCUACUCUCCCGUUACGCUAAGCCUCUUGCAUUCAUAAUCUCUGAAACUCUCCAUUGCAGGAGACUAUGAUGGAGCGAGAGCUUCAAUUGCACCUUGUUUUUCAAGCCAAUGUAAUGUAUAAGAACAUUUGGCAGAAUGUUUUCAGUUCCUUGCAUUUAGUACUUUCUUGACCAAUGUUUGAUGUUUGUCCUUGUUGCCGCCGCUUCUCUUUAUGCCCGAGUGCAUACUGUUUGCUGGAGCACUACAGGCGGUGUGCCCUGGGACUCGCGGUUUUUUCCGCUUGUUUUGUUUGGCCAUUGCGGUCUUGAAGACUGUGGCCUAAGAUCUGUUUUUUUCAAUAAAGGCUAGAAA